AUGAGUCACAACAAAAAGAAGAAGAACGUUAAAAGUACGAUCGGUGCAGCUAGCAGGAACAUUAAUGAGGCAUACUACAUACAACUCAACAAUGACUUACGCAAUGCCAAACCGACUUCUGACGAUGAAGAAAUGUGGAAAAAGGUGAAGCAGAUUCUUGUUAAGGCGGCAGAUAUAAGCGACAAAAGAGCGGAAGUGAUUCACAGUCGAAUGGAUGCAGUUACGGAGACGUUGCAAGCACUUAAACCUAAAGAAAUUUAUCCAUGGACUAACACAAAGCUUUCCACAGAUCGUAUUGAAAUGAUUACGGAGGAAGUAAUGAAAGCGGAUCCAAGACCGAUGGAGAUUUAUCUUGAUUUGGAAAGCAUGUGUACGGAAUUGUCGAAGCAGGGUGUUGGAUAUCGUUUUUGGGGUAACCUUCUUAUUAAAAAACUCAUAACAAGCUCCGCUCUCAGAUCGGCUCUUUUAGAGUUAUUGGUGCCACUUGGGAUCGAACAUCCGUCAUGGCAGAUAUUGAUUCACUUGUUUUAUUUUAGUUUCGAUAUGGAUUGGGGACUAUAUGAAGAUGUUAAUGAAUAUUUGACCGGUGAGCCGAUGAAAAACAUCACUUUGCGGCUUCAUGUUAGUUCAAUGAUCUCCACUGCCCAAGUUUGCUUCAAAACACCACCAAUGGGACUUACACUUGCAAUCCAGGAUAUUCUAACUGCCUACAAAUUGCAAGACUUCAUGCCAGAACUUCACACUAUAUCCACAUAUGAUGAAUACAAUCAUUUUUGCCGUAAGUUACCACUCAUAAAGAUGACAAUAAGGACGGUGUACGCAAUUAAGCAAGCUAUAAUAGAGAAGACACCGACCGCAAGUUGA